CUUUUGAACACUUUUAUCGACAGGCGAUCUAUUCAGCUUGUUUCACUGCUUGGUGUCGGUGCCUACGGUAUCGUCUACCUUGGCGUCCACGUCCCCACCAGCCGACGAUAUGCAGUAAAACUCAUCACGAAACCAGAUUCAGCCGAAAACGAAAUCGAACUUCACGCACGCGCAUCAGGUCACGGAAAUGUGCUUACACUUGAAAAAGUGGUUCGCGAAAAUGGUCGAACAUAUAUCGUUCUCGAAUAUGCAUCUGGCGGCGACUUAUUCUCUGCGAUCACACAACAACAAGGCAUUGCUGGCAACAACCGAGCUAUCAAGCACAUUUUCCUUCAGAUCUUAGACGCCGUACACCACUGCCAUCAAGUGGGCAUUGCUCACCGAGACUUAAAACCUGAAAACGUUCUGAUGUUUUCCAAUAUGCAAGUCAGACUCGCCGACUUUGGUCUGGCCACCACACAAUCCGUCUCUAACGAGUUCGGCUGUGGAUCUAGCUUUUACUUCUCGCCCGAGUGUCAAGGUCAGUUGGUCAAGAACAAUGAGCGUGUCAAGGGCUACAGCACCUAUCAGAACGAUAUCUGGAGCUUGGGUGUCAUUCUUGUCAAUCUUACUGCUGGUCGGAACCCAUGGCGCCAGGCAACUAUGAAAGAUCCUACCUUCUCCACCUAUGUCAAGAAGCCCCGUGGAUUUUUUAAGUCUAUCUUGCCUUCCAUCUCAGAUGAAUUGAACGAGCUCUUGUCGCGCAUUUUUUGCUUGGAUCCUGCUCGUCGUAUUUCUCUUCCAGAAUUGCAUCUGCGCGUUGCGCGCAUGCGAUCGUUCACCACUGCC